ACCCUGCGUGUUGUUUCCUCAGCAGUUGUUCGACUUCGGGUUCCCGGUUGCCAUGACAACAGUUAAUACCAAUCUCUUCCAUCAAAUGCAUCAUCCCACCGGUAGUAAGCAGUCCAGCCGGCCAUGUUGAAGAUUCUGCUGAAAGUGUCGUUGUGUGUCGUUUUGGUGGCAAUAGCCGUUAAUUCCAUACUGAAGAGAAUAUGGAUAAGUCAUGGAAUUAUAAAUGAACCACGUCCGAAAUAUGACAUUAUUAUCGUUGGUGGAGGAUCGUCUGGAUGCGUCUUAGCUCGACGUCUUUGGGAAAAGAGUAAUAUGUCUAUCUUGGUGAUAGAGUCGGGAACGACAGCCCCGUGGAUCAGCCUCGUCCCUUUGCUCGCCCCGGCACUGCAGGGCUACACAGCGGACUGGGCUUACAAAACAGUCACGCAGACGCAUACACAUCUUGGAACGAAUAAUCGACAAUCAUCUUGGCCUAGAGGCAAAGUCUUGGGUGGAAGCAGCGUGCUCAACUAUCUGCUGCACAUGUGGGGAGCUAAGUCAGACUUCGACAAUCUGUGGAACGAUUCUGGUGAAACAGGGUGGGACUUCGAAUCCGUCCGACACUACUUCAAGAAAUCAGAGAGCUUCCAGCGCGUCUCAGGAGCUUCCAAGACUGGAAUGAGAGGGGAUUUUGGACCCAUGCCUGUCAAAGAAUUCAAUGCUUCAUCGUCACCACUGGCCUCGGCAUUUUUGGAAGGAUUGUCCUCUCUUGGCAUUAAAAUUGGCGAUUUGAAUGGUGAAAUUGAAAACGGAGCCAUGCCUUCACAAAGUAACAUUUGGAACGGAUGGCGAGUAUCUGUUGUAGAUGCAUAUUUAGAUUCGAUUUUGGACAAUGCAAAUAUCCAUUUGCUGACAAGUACCCAAGCUAUACAGAUUAUCAUGGAAAACAACAGAGCGACUGGCGUUCUUGCCGUAAAUCUUUAUUCUGGAACUACCUAUCAUAUCGAAGCAAAGUACGAGGUGAUUCUUAGCGCAGGAGUCGUAGAAACUCCUCAUCUUCUAAUGUUAUCUGGCAUCGGACCGAAAGAGCAACUUGAACGAUUUGGAAUCCCUGUGGUAGCAGAUAUUCCAGGCGUCGGUCAAAAUUUGAGAGAUCACCUUAAUGUACCCCUUUAUUUUCACCUGGACGCUCCUGUGAGUACCACGACCGCCAAAGUCCGGACCCCUUCGGAGAUCUGGAAAUAUGGAACGAAAGGAAAAGGUUAUUUAGCUAAUAGCGGAAUUGAGGUCGUCGUCAGACUUCCAGUGCCGGGAGAUAAUUCAUCUCAUUCGAAGAUGUACUUCAUGCUCUUCAAUCUUGGAAGUGUUAAUGGAGAUCUCUUUUCCUCUAUAGCUAAUUUCAAGAAUGACACAUUUCAAGAAACCUUUCCCGGUUCUACAAACGACUCCAAAGAAGGCUUCAUCAUCUUGGCAUCUUGCACACAACCCCUCAGCAAAGGAGAGGUUCUCUUGGCUUCGGCGAAUCCCAUGAAGGCACCCAUCAUUGACCCCAAUUACUUGAGUAGAGAAGAAGAUGUGAAAUGCCUCAUCAAAGCAUUGAAGACUGCAGCCCGGCUGGGUUCAACAAAACCCAUGAGAAAACUUGGAGCUCGCCUUCACCUACCUGGAUAUGGACACUGCUCUAAUUACAGCCAAAGUCUGGAGAAUGACAAAUUCCUCGAAUGCUGGCUGCGGACGUCGGCUAUCACUGCCUACCACCCCGUCGGAACUUGUGCUAUGGGGCCCGAUGACGAUCCUAUGGCUGUCCUUGACUUGAAACUUAAGGUACGUGGUAUAAAGAACUUAAGAGUAGCGGAUAGUUCUUCAUUUCCUCAUCUGACUUCAGGAAAUCCACAUGCCGUCGUCUUGAUGAUCGCCGAACGCGCCGCCGAUUUCAUCCUGGAAGACAUAAAAAAAGAGAAUGCGAAAAAAAAAAUUCAACAUGAAAGUCAUUGAUUGAUUCAUCCAUUCCACACUCUCACCAAAAAGGAUUUUAAUUUUUCUACAAUAUCCUUUUCGUGACAUUCCCUCUUUUACUCAAUGAAAUAUUGCUGCAUCUUUAUUGAAAGUAUACAAAAUUAUCAUUCCCAUGCCGAUCUAUUAUCAUUUGUAUGCCAAAAGAGCAAAACUCAGAUGUUUUUUUUUUACUUUGUAU